GCAGGCGCGUGCGCCGCCAACAGCGGUUGGGUUUAGUGGCAGAUUGGGCCCCGAAGAGAAUGUAACAAUGGAGCUGCCUCCUCCGGGAAUCCGGAGGGUUUCCAUCAACCCUCUAGAGGCACCCCGCAAGUUUUCCAUCUUCGCAGGCAUGGUGCCCACCCGCUCAUCUUUGGGCCCCUCCUUGGCCUCCGCUGGGACCUCGAAGCUCUUCACCCAGAGCAACCUGAGGGCCCCCAACCUGAUGCCGGGCCCCCUUCCCCAGAAGAGCUCCCUCAGCCCCCCGGACGCCAUGCGGCGCAGGGUGUCCAACGUCUCCUCCGUGCACUACGCCGACGAGCAAAGCAAGCCGCCACCCUUGGACGCCGACAAAGAGAAGGAGAAGGGCAAGGGCAAGGGCACCGGGACGCGGCUGCUGAACAUGCUAAGAAAAACUCUUCAAGGGUCUGACAGUGAGGAAAUGAUAACAGCACAGGAAACACCAAAUUUGAUACCAUUUGGAGAUGUGGUCGGCUGCCUGGCUGUUCACAUAAAGACUUGUAGACAGUUUUCUCACAGGUUCAUUAUACAACAGCAUGUUAACAUGUUCAUUCGUGUCUCUAUAAACCACAUCGUGAAAUGCACAAAACUUCGGAACCUGAGAGCUGUUAACAAUGAAAAGAACCUUGUCCUUAGGUUUGAUGAAGUGAAGUAUUUUUCUGUACAGGUUCCCAGACGUCAAGAUGAUGAGCGGAAUAAUAUUUUCUUGGAACUAAUGCAAGAUGCAGGAAACAUAGAAAAACCUCCCCUUUCCUUGGGCAGUGUUGAAUCACACCUUUAUGAAGUAAUACAGAAAGGCUGCUUUACCGAAGUCUUGCAAAUGAUGCAUAGACACACAUUUAUCUGCAGGUUGGAGGUGGAGUUCAUGUUUUCCUACGGAAACUUUGGUUAUGGAUUUUCACAUCAGUUAAAACCUCUUCAGAAAAUCAUCGAACCAUCUAUGUUUAUGAAGAUUGCACCUCCUCCAGAAAGAACAGAUCCUGUCACAAAUGUCAUUACUCCACAACGAGUAGAAUACCCAGCAUUCUUAUCCCCAGAAUUGAACGUUACCGUCGGGUCUGCUGAAACCAGCCAGCCAUCUGCGGCGGUGCGACUUGAAAAACUCCGUGAGAAACCCCGGGAAAGGUUGGAAAAAAUGAAAAAGGAGUAUAGAAAUUUGAACACAUGGAUGGAGAAAGCUGAGUACUUAAAAAACCUUAUUACUCCAAAAGUGGCUUACCAAGAUUCUGAGGAAGUUAGUUUGAUUGAAGUAUCUGAACACAAUUAUAGUCUAUUGGAAGAAGAGCAUGAAAAUGUGUCACAUGAUAUCCAUUAUAGAAAAUCUGAUACUAUUUCAACUGAGUCUACGGACAAGAGCGACAAGGAAAACCUGGUCAUACCAGCUUUGAGACUGUCGGACCAAGGUUACCCAGAGCCCUUUCUUCAGAGAAGCAGUGAAUCAGUGCCGGAGGACAUUCCGCUGCCCCCCAUUCACAGCCUGCAGAUAAUAGAGGAGGAUGAGGUGCAGUAUCCACACGCCCCUUUUGUGUGGGAAGACAAGCCACAGGAAGAGCGGAGUGUGAUGUUGCCAUUGGAUGAACAGCUGCUUCCCAAACCAAGCAUUUUAAGAAUAGCCUCUUCUCUACAGGAGGUUAAGUAUAAAAAGGAAAAAUUUCCUCAUUUUUCAGAUGUGUUAGCAAUGCCUGAGAAGCCCUUAGGACAAGAAAAUACAAAUCAAAAAGGGAAAACUUUCAUCCAGUUAAGGAAACCUUGGGAAACACGUCCUCCUGACUUUGUCAGUGGCCUCCGAAAGGUGGCUUUUGCACAAAAAGAGUACACUACACCAGUUUUCAGACAGGAAUCUGCAGAAUUCAAACCCAGACAUCAGAAAUUCAUCAAGGGUGGUCUUGAUCCUUUUCUAAGGAACAUAAACAGCAAAAUGUCAUUCAAAAAGAAGAAAGACCAAGACGCAUACAGAUAUCCAAGCACUUUAAGUACAGAAGUUGCAGAGCACGAAGAUCAAGACCCUCCUUACCCAGAACAUUCAAGGUCUGCAGGAUCUAAUACAACCUGGGCUAACGAUCCUAACCUCAUCACAAUCCACAUGGUAACCAAAAAGAAUAAUGUGCCUCCUGACCAUACUACCACCACCACAAUGACUUCAGACAGGAAGAACAAUUUGCCACAUGAUCCUACUCUCAACACAACAAACACUUCACAUACGAAGAGUAUAUUUACAAGUGGUAAUCCCGUCAUCACCAUAACAAAGAUUUCAGAAUCUGAUUAUAAACUGUCAACUGAUCCUAGUUCCAAGACAACGAAGCCUUCAGAGACGAGGCUAUCCAGCAGCCCUAGUUCCCAUACAACAAAGCCUUCAGAGACGAGGCUAUCCAGUGGCCAUAGCUCCCAUACAACAAAGCCUUCAGAGACAAGGCUAUCCAGUGGCCCUAGUUCCCAUACAACAAAGCCUUCAGAGACAAGGCUAUCCAGUGGCCCUAGUUCCCAUACAACAAAGCCUUCAGAGACAAGGCUAUCCAGCGGGCCUAGUUCCAAUACAACAAAGCCUUCAGAGACCAGGCUAUCCAGCGGCCCUAGUUCCAAUACAACAAAGCCUUCAGAGACGAGGCUAUCCAGCGGCCCUAGUUCCCAUACAACAAAGCCUUCAGAGAUGAGGCUAUCCAGUGGCCCUAGUUCCAAUACAACAAAGCCUUCAGAGACCAGGCUAUCCAGCGGCCCUAGUUCCCAUACAACAAAGCCUUCAGAGACAAGGCUAUCCAGCGGGCCUAGUUCCCAUACAACAAAGCCUUCAGAGACAAGGCUAUCCAGUGGCCCUAGUUCCCAUAUAACAAAGUCUUCAGAGACGAGGCUAUCCAGUGGCCCUAGUUCCCAUACAACAACGUCUUCAGACACUAAUAGGUUGGCCCAUAAUCCUAGUAUAAAUGGAUAUAAAUCUUCAGAUCCUAGUAAGUUGUCCCAUGAUCCUAGUAACAUUUCAACAAAGUCUUCAGAUCCUAGUAAGUUGAGCCAUGAUUCUAGUAUCAAUGCAAGAAAGUCUUCAGAUACUAAUAAGUUAUCCCAUGAUGCUAGUAUCAUUUCAACAAAAUCUUUAGAUAGUAAGAAUAAAUUGCCAAGUGGUAAGCCUACUGUCAAUUCAGAUCUUACUACCAACACAGCAAAAACUCCAGCUACGAGGGACAUGUUAGCAUGGGAUCCUGUCACCGUCACAGUCGACUCUUCAGAUAUGCAGAGUAAGUUAGGAGAACAGCUACCAGAUGUAUCUUUACCAAACUGCCACAGAGAAUCAUCAGUGACUGGAAAUGGUAGCAUAUAUCACCCCUCAAGCUCAAUCAAUUUUACCUCUGAUAUUGAAAAUUUAAAACAGUCAAUAGUACUCAAAUCAAUUUUAAGUAAAAAUCUGCAAGACCUUUCAGAUGAGUUGUUUUCUACCCCGGAAAUCUGCCCCAAUGCCGAGGGGAUGCAGGAAAACUCCCCUCUGCCUCUAGGUGUGCAUGACAGACCACCAUGUGGGACAGAAGACAGAGUGCUUGAACAAGUCCAAGAUAUAAACAGCUGGCUUUCACCCAAAGAUAUUCUGAAUUCACAGGCUCCUUUAAGUCCUGUGAUUAAAAGUGUUCCUCAAGAUUUACUUCCGGAAGGCGGGCCAGGAACAUCUUCAGACAUAGAAGUUGUCUCUGACAAACACUUAGAGGCUGCUGAAAUACACUUUCCAAUGAACAGAAAGAGCAAUUUCAAGACCAAACAUUUAGUAAGUGAAGUAUCAGGUUCCGAUCAGGGUUUAAAUGGCAGUGUACGUGACUACGUCAUUAAGCAGAUAUUCACUGCACCCAUAUUCUCGAAGCUAGAGACAGGAGCAACGGUACUGAGCGAGACACAGAUGGCCUUACAAGACCAGCUGUUCACAUACUGGGAGAGAACUACAUCUUCACAGAUUCUUACCUACGAAGAAAAAAGCAAUGGAGCUCCUCUGUCACGGCCAAAAUCUGGGAUAAGCACAAUAAUACAGUCGUUUCCUGUAGAAACUCUGUUAGAUUCUGGGAUAAUCAAAGUGCUACAACUAGAUAAAGAAAACCAGAGCUCUCUGUUGGACGUACAGACAGCCUCUCCUGAGGAAAAGCUGCAGACUCCCACAGAGCAGCUCCAUAAAGUCAAAAGCCAAACAAAACUGCUUUCAAGACAGACGACACCUAGCACUAAGCCCAUAGAGACCUCUGCGAAUGCAGUCGAUUACACAGAAGACAGCCAAAGUACAUCAGCACAAGAGCCAAACUACCCAAAAGCAGAGAGAAAGUUCGACUCCCCAAAUGCACACCCGAGUCCGGACACGGAGGAGGCUGGGCUCAGUUCCGCUGUCGAGUCUCUAAGUAACUUAAUGGGCAAUCUUAAAGACACAGACUCAGUCAUAUUAAAAUCCAUCCUAAAAAGUAUCUUCAAAAAUUUCUUCAAAUACAAUCAGUCUGAAAGAAAAGAGUAUCUAGACAGACAGUUUGACAGACUAACACAACAUUCUUCACCACGUGGUACAGAACACUUAGAGAAAACGCAAGAGAAUUUUAAUAAAGCGGGCAAAACAGACAAGAAGCCCAUUCUGGAUCCGAAGCUGAGUGUGUUUCUAGAGAAACUCUCAGAGUCAGAAGUAAAAAACAUGAAGUCUGAGUUAAGCAAGCACAUUCAGCAUUACCUUCUAGAAAAGCUCUCAGAGGCAGGCCACAUCACUAAGGAGGACUUACCCCAAAUUUACCGAAACCUGUAUCUGAUGAAUGAGAAAACAGAGUUAAAGGAGCAAAGCUCUUUUCAGGACAAGUAUUCCAAAACUGUCGAGGAAAUCAUGUCCUUUGUAAAUAAUUUUAACCAUCAUUUCAUAGAUAAACAUUUAGAAAUAAAGCUUAGAUCUUUUCUAAAUGAAAUUCUCCAAAAUUAUUUUGUGAAGAAUCUUUCAGGAAGCAAUUUAUUCAAUGAGACGGAUGGUGUGGCGCUCCGUCCCAGCAUGUCCUCCGUGGCGAGUAACAGCUCUUCGAAGGCUCUGCACGGGCUGCAAGAUAUUGCCAGCGGGAGUUUUGGUUCAAGGCUCAAAUUAAACAUGAAAUACCCUUUCAACGAAUCUCUACAAAAUUAUCUUAAACCUUUAUCAGAAAAUGAAUUAUUAAGUCUAAAAGCUGAUUUGAGCAAAUAUGUUCAGGUUCUCUUUAUAGAUAAACUUCAUAAAUCAGGACUAAUGACAGAGAGGCAACUAAAGGGAAUCAGCCAGCAAGUUAACUCACUUAAUUCGCCUCCCAUGCCAUUCAAAUACAUAAACACAGAUUCACCUUUUAGAGAUGAAAGUUGCUUUAUGAGGGAGGAUUCAGAAGAGCAAAAGAAAUAUCCAAAGACUGGUCAAAAUACCACCUUUCGAACAUUUCUUGAAGAUAUACAUGGAGAAACAGAACCGACCAGAAAGGGAGAAAAAGGAAGUUCCUUUUCACACAAUUUAAAAGAAAAUCCAUCAACAACUUGGGAACAUAAACAUCUUUAUAGUAGGGAAGUUAAAACAUUAAUGAAAGUACAACCUCCUUCCAACAAAAAUACCCAGGCAGUUGCAUUAAAUAAGUCACCAGAAAGACCUGCAGAUGUAUUCCGUAAGAAACACAAGCAAGACCAUGGUUUCAUGCAACUUCCUCAAGCAGAAAAUUGUAUUUACAAAACAGAUACUCAAGAGCCAUACAGUUGGGAUGGUAGAUCAAAACCAAUUCAAUCAAAACUCUGCUUUGAAAAGACACUAAAGGUGAAGGCGCUUGAGAAAAGGGAUAACAAUAACAUUUGCAAACUGGCUGUUCAGGAAAGACCUGAUCCAGGAUUUUCACCUUACCUAAAACUUCCUACCUGCAAAACCUCAAGAGAAAACGAACACCUGAACAGGCUCUCCUUCCCUACCUGGCGGACUAACACUUUCAUUUAUGUCAACACAGAGAAUGGGGAGCAAUCAAAAUUAGACCAGUAUUGCCAGAGGUGGAAAGAAAAUAAUAAUAACAAUAAAAAACACUUGGUGACAUUUGCACAAUUCAAAAAUGAAAUGGAAACUCUUUAUAUAAACCCGUAUGAAGACCGCAAAGAAAGAUGUGCCAGAGGGGCUGAAUCGCAGGCGUUCCGAUUCAAAGAGGAGGAGAGAAACCCCAGGCCAUCUUUCUUCCCAGAAGUACUGACGAGAGAAAGCAUGAAGUCCAGAAGAAAAGAAAGAGACUACACCACCAAACCAAAGAAGUCAUUUCACAAGAUAGUCAGGAUACUGCCAGCCGCGCUGCCCACUGCAAGACCUCAUCUCCGGAAAUCUGUUCCAAGGACCUUACUCCACUGGACUGCGAGGAGAACUAUCCACGAUUGUUUGGAUAGAUUCGACGAUUUACAAAUACCCUCAGUUAAACGUCCUAAAAACUCAAAAUCCAGAUCGAGACUUUUAGGCAAGAGUCCAGAUGACUCCUAUAAUCAGGCAAAACCCUGCGCACGACCAUCCACCGCUCCAGAGUCUAACAAGCGACGGGAAAGUGUCACCGGGAAAUUCGCAAGUCCUCGGAUGGUCUCGGCGGGCUUAGUUCAUAUCCAUGACACCACCCCAGAGUACGACAUACGGAAAGUGAGGUCCAAAAGAAAAUUAAAAGAGAAUAUUGAAAAGCGUCCGCUCAUUUAUGAUAUUAUCCAGAUGUUAGACACUGCAGAAUAAUACGUGAGGCCACCAGUCAGAAUAUAAUUUCUCCAUUAACAAAAUGGUUUGGAGAUCUAUCCUUGUGCGUGAUAGAAGUCAACAACGAAAUUUCAUCUUGUGAGACCAUUUUGUUAUGAUUAAAAUGAAAAAUAAACACAUUCUGUGUAAA